UCCUCGCGGUGGCUGGGAUCUCGCGGGAAGAGCGGCGGGCUCGGCUGUGGCUUGGUGUCUGCCGCGCGGAGUGGUAGGGUUUGCUCACACAGCGCUCUCCUCGCGGAGAGGUUGGGAGUUGCUGCAGGUCGCAGGCCUGGGGCCGUCCCUUCUCUGCCUCCUCUUUCGCUUCCUCAGGGCUCCUCGGUCCGCUCGCCCUCCGACGCCGCCUAGUUUAUGGUUGCUGCCCUUCAGAAAACCAGAAUGGCUUUGAUGUCCUAUUGGCAACGCUAAGAUUUCGCUGCGAAAGUAUGGUCUGAAUAUGCGUUGCUUGGCAGCUCGGGUCAACUACAAGACAUUGAUUAUCAUCUGUGCACUCUUCACGUUGGUCACAGUACUUUUGUGGAAUAAAUGUUCCAGCGACAAAGCGAUCCAGUUUCCACGACACUUGAGUAAUGGCUUCAGAGUGGAUGGAUUAGAGAAAAGAGCAGCCGCAUCUGAGAGUAACAACUAUGUGAACCACCUGGCCAGACAGCAGUCUGAGGAGGCAUUCCCUCAGGAACAGCAGAAAGCCCCCCCUGUGGUGGCGGGCUUCAAUAGCAAUGGGGGGAGCAAGGUGUUAGGGCUCAAAUAUGAAGAAAUUGACUGUCUCAUAAACGAUGAACAUACAAUUAAAGGGAGACGGGAGGGGAAUGAAGUCUUUCUUCCAUUCACUUGGGUAGAGAAAUAUUUUGAUGUUUAUGGAAAAGUGGUUCAGUAUGAUGGCUAUGAUCGGUUUGAAUUCUCUCAUAGCUAUUCCAAAGUCUAUGCACAGAGAGCCCCUUACCACCCCGAUGGCGUGUUUAUGUCCUUUGAAGGCUACAAUGUGGAAGUCCGAGACAGAGUCAAGUGCAUAAGUGGGGUUGAAGGUGUACCAUUAUCUACACAAUGGGGACCUCAAGGCUAUUUCUACCCCAUUCAGAUUGCACAGUAUGGGUUAAGUCAUUACAGCAAGAAUCUAACUGAGAAACCUCCUCACAUAGAGAUAUAUGAAACAGCAGAAGACAAGUACAGAAACAGUAAGCCUAAUGACUGGACUGUGCCAAAGGGCUGCUUUAUAGCUAGUGUGGCUGAUAAGUCUAGGUUCACCAAUGUUAAACAGUUUAUUGCUCCAGAAACUAGUGAAGGUGUGUCUCUGCAUCUGGGGAACACAAAAGAUUUUAUUAUUUCAUUUGACCUCAAGUUCUUGACAAAUGGAAGUGUGUCCAUUGUUCUAGAGACCACAGAAAAAAAUCAGCUCUUCACUGUACAUUAUGUCUCAAAUACCCAGCUAAUUGCUUUUAAAGAAAGAGACAUAUACUAUGGCAUUGGGCCUAGAACUUCAUGGAGCACAGUUACCAGGGACCUGGUCACUGAUCUCAGGAAAGGAGUGGGUCUUUCCAACACAAAAGCUGUCAAGCCAACCAAAAUAAUGCCCAAGAAAGUGGUUAGGUUAAUUGCAAAAGGGAAGGGAUUCCUCGACAACAUCACCAUCUCUGCUACAGCCCACAUGGCUGCAUUCUUCGCUGCUAGCGAUUGGCUGGUAAGGAACCAGGAUGAGAAAGGUGGCUGGCCAAUUAUGGUGACCCGCAAGUUAGGGGAAGGGUUCAGGUCUUUAGAGCCAGGGUGGUACUCUGCCAUGGCCCAGGGCCAAGCCAUUUCUACCUUAGUCAGGGCCUACCUGUUGACAAAAGACCAUAUAUUCCUCAAUUCAGCUUUAAGGGCAACAGCCCCUUACAAGUUUCUAUCAGAGCAGCAUGGAGUUAAAGCUGUGUUUAUGAAUAAAUAUGACUGGUAUGAAGAAUAUCCAACCACACCUAGCUCUUUCGUUUUAAAUGGCUUUAUGUAUUCUUUAAUUGGGCUGUAUGACUUAAAAGAAACUGCAGGGGAAAAACUCGGGAAGGAAGCAAAGUCCUUGUAUGAGCGUGGCAUGGAAUCACUUAAGGCCAUGCUCCCCUUAUACGACACUGGCUCAGGAACAAUCUAUGACCUCCGUCACUUCAUGCUUGGCAUCGCUCCCAACCUGGCCCGCUGGGACUAUCAUACCACCCACAUCAAUCAACUGCAGCUACUUAGUACCAUUGAUGAGUCCCCAAUCUUCAAAGAAUUUGUCAAGAGAUGGAAAAGCUACCUUAAAGGCAGCAGGGCAAAGCACAACUAGAGCUCAACCAAAAUCAUUUAUCAGUCUGUGCAGUACACAGAAACUACAGGGCUCUAUCUCAGCAGAGCAUAGACACAUUUUAAAAGGUUGUAUACUAGGUUUUGGUGGAUUACAUUCAAGCGGUAAGUGAUCUGUAAAACAAGUCUUCUGAGACAAUUGCAUUCCACGUGUUGGGUGUUUAGAAAUGUAGGUGACAUUUGGAGCAGAAAAGUGUUUAGUCAAUGGACUGAACAAAGUUGUUUAACUUUACCUUGCUUAUAACCCUGUAUAGUUCCACAGAUAGUCCAGUUAUUCUCAGUUUGGAAAAGACAAUGGUAAGUAGCUAUACUGGCCAACUGACCAGCACUUACCUGAAAACUUAGUAUGGAACUCUUUUAAAAUGUGAUUAUUUAUGUUUAUGUUGAAAGCAGACUUUUAAAACAAAUAAUGUGCUGUAAUACAGUAAAUUUGUACUUGUAGGCUGGAUAAUGGAGUGUGUGCAACUUUUUAAAAAGAUGUUUAUUUCCUAUAGAUUAAUUUCUUGGGGGCAAAUGAGCAUUUGUUGCAUUUGUUCAAUUUGUUAUAUAUGGAGAAUAUUUUGAAUUUAUGGUUUUCUUAAAAUGUGUAAAUUUGAAACAACCAGUGUUCAGGCUUCACAGUUCUGUAAUGUAAGCACAACUAAAAUGAAACUUGUUGACUGCACAAGAAAUUACAAAAAUGUUUAUCUGUUUUAUGAAACUUGAUCUACAAUCAGUAAAAGUUUGAUAAUCAAUAUAUCCCUCCCCCUCCCCAUCUAGAAUUUUGUAUUUCAUUUUAGACUAUACUUGAGAAUUUUUUCCAUUUUGGUAUAACAUUAUUUGGGAAAUUUUGUUACAAACCUAAAUUUGGGUAGAAGUAAUUUUUGUAAGUCUACCACCACUGCCCCCUUUUCCACCUUUUGAGGAAAAAUCUUAGAUCAUGUAUUACAGACUAGAAUCACAGCAGGGGUUUUUCCUAUUUUGCUCAUUCUUGGUCAUCAGCUUUCCAAACCACCAACUCUGUUGUUCUCGUUUUUUCUUUGCAAACUUAAUUUUAAGUUUGAGAGACACUACUGCAUUUACUAGACAUGUGUUAUCAGACCUUUAUUUAGGUUAUAUAUCUGACACACCUCAUGUAAGUAGGUUUUAUAGCCCUUAUACCAUGUUAGGGUCUGCUGUUGGGCUUCAGGCAUGAGGUCAAAACUGAGGGGAGUUGAUUUUGCUCUGGCUUUUUAGUGUAUGGCAAUGCACUAAAUCAAUACUAUAACUUCUGCAGAUGGGAAAUAUGAGACUCCACACUCUCAGGGCACUGAGUCUGACAAACACAAUGGGGUUUAGCUGUGACCCUUAUUAAAUGCACAUCAAGAGUCAGGUGCAUAGAUCAGCCUGCCUACAUACUAUAUCCUAAUUGAAUUCUGCCUACCAAGCACUACUUAUAAGUCAGGAAAAAAAUUAUAUUCACACACAUACACAUACGGUAACUUCAAGAAGGGGCAGGAGCAAAGAAGAUGGAUCUACCCUGAGGACAAUAUUAAACUGGCCAUAGAAAAGUAAGCUUAAACUCCAAGUUUAUGUGACCACAACUUUUUAUUUUGCCCACAACAAAAACAGCUGUGGUUAAUGUUUUCCCCUAGCUUUUUACUGUGUGCUUCUUAUUCAUUAGAUAUCUCACCAAGAGCAUCUGGACUCUUUCAUUUUUAUUUUCAGGGCCUAACUGAAACUUUCUCCAAUCUGGGAACCCUUUUUACUUCAUUGUAUUUGUUUUGAUAUUAUUUGGAAUGGUCCAGACUUCUGCCUUGUGUUUGCAUGCUCCUACUUCGAUUAGGGGGAUCAAUGAGAACAUUGUGGUACUGCUUCUGUGACAAUUACCAGUGCCUUAACAAUGCGGCUGUCCUUUUCCACUGAAGAGGGAAAGACAUUUUGAUCUAGAAAUGGCAUUGCUAUUUCAGUGCUCAUAGUUUCAUAUCGCCUUCCACAUUGCAGCAGCAGCUUGAUUUUUUUAAUGAUCCCAGAAUUUUCUAAGAGGGUAAGUUGAACCUGUAGCAGCAUAGCCAGUACAGACCAAUGAUUCUCAAACAUUAGGAUGCCUUAGAAUCACCUGGGGAGCUUAUUAAAGUGCAGAUCCCAGAUAUUCACUUAUUCUGCCUGUGAUGCCUGACAAUCUGCAUUUUUAACAAGCUUUCAGGUGAUUCUAAUGCAGGUGAUGGGGGAGGGGGACAUUAACUUGGAGGAACACUAUUCUAGGCUAUCCAUUGCAUUUUUGCCCCUAAACACCUACAGUGUUUUCUGGGGUUUAAAUAAUGUAAAAUGUUUACUUAUUCUGAACUUAGAGCAGGGAGGGUAUUUUAAGAUUUAUUUUGCUUUGUUUCUUCAAAUGUUUCUUUGAUUCAAGAUGAUAGAUACUAUUUUUUUGUGUGUCUUGAUUUAGCUUUGUUAAAUCUAUUGCCACUUCAGUUGUAAAAGCAUUCAAAAGUUUCCAGAUGAAGGUCAUGAUGUUGAACCCUUUAGGAAUUAUUGUGCAUAAAGGCCUCAUCCAAGAACCAUCCAGUGCACGUGGGGAAAUACAAAAGUGACACACAAGCACAACUCUCCAGAGGUGGCAGUCCUUUUCUUGAUCAGUGUGCAAAUUUUCACUGAAAGCUGCUAUUUUCAUCCUUGUAAUUGUUUUUCUUGUUUCUUCUCCAUUGUACAUGUGGGUUAUAUACCAUGUGUUAAAUAUGCAAUAAAGUGUUUACUGGAUGCCCUUUUGAAGGGUGGUCCUUUGUAAAGCUGUACAGACUUUGCAGUUUAAGCACAAUGUGCACAUGUUAGUUUUAUAUACAGCAAAACUUGAUUUUUUGCAGAUGGAAAGGUAUUUUGUUUCUAUACAAAGUAAAUAGAUUGUUUGUGCUUAAUGUAAAGCUGCUUUAUAAAAUUGUAAAAUAAAGUUUUUAUCUUGAAAGAUA